AUGGGCCUCAAAUCCACCCUCCUCCUCCUGGCCACCACUGCCUUCGCAGCUCCCCUCUCGGAACCCCUCCUCAAGCGCGGCAACCUCCCCACCCCGGUCUCCGCCGCCACCGCCCGCCAAUACCUCGCCCAAAUCCCCGUGGCCGCAGAGAACAACUCUCCCGCCUACAACCGCGACCUCUUCAACCACUGGAUCACCAUCAGCGGAGCCUGCAAUACCCGCGAAACCGUCCUCCGCCGAGACGGCUCGAACGUCGUGACGAACUCGGAGUGUCAGUCUACUUCCGGGACGUGGUACUCCGACUACGACGGCGCGACGUGGACGGAUGCUGCGAGCGUGGAUAUUGACCAUCUGGUGCCGUUGAGGGAGGCGUGGGUGUCUGGUGCGAAGGACUGGACGAAUGCUAGGAGGCAGGAGUUUGCUAACGACUUGACUCGUCCGCAACUCCUCGCCGUCACGGAUACGGUCAACCAGGGGAAGGGAGAUAAGGAUCCCGCGGAGUUUCUGCCGUCGAGAGUGGCGUACAGGUGUACGUAUGUGAGGGCUUGGGUGCAGGUCAAGUACUACUAUGGUUUGAACAUGGACUCGGAGGAGAAGAGUAAGGUCCAGAGUGUAUUGAACGGUUGUUAA